AUGAAAAAAUAUAUAACUAUAUUAACGAUGAAUGUAACAGAAGCCAUAAUUAAGGCGGAUAGCAAUAUCACUUCAAAUGGAAAUGAGACUGUGGAAGAUAAAUCUAAAGAGAUUGUUAGAGAAUCAGCCGAAUUAGCCCUAAAGCAUGACCAACUCAAACCAAUAAUUCUUAAUGCAACCUUAUGCAACAACAAUGAGAACGAGACGACUGGUGAAUGCAUAAAUAAUACAAUCCUAGCAGCACAUAACACUUCUGAAUCUACAAAUGAGUUAAAUGAUACUAAAGAUAAAGAUGCGGUAAUGCAAUACGUAAGUGGUAAAAAUGACGACGUACCCGUAAAAACUAGUGGACAUAUCAGGAACAGUCUUAGAAGAAAGAAGCGCUCUUUGAAUCUUAUAUUAGAUAAUAUAAGAAGUAAUAGUGCCCCGGAAAUACUUCACUACGAAACCAGACAUGGCCCCAGAGAGAGAGAACCGUUAUUACCCAUACAUAAACUGACGCAAAAUAAAAUACAAAGUGCCAAUUUAGCGGAUUUUAAUAUUGAAACGUUACACGGACCUGCAGUAAAUCUAGAAGUAAAUAAGAAAGGAAGCUGGAGAGAUAAUAACCAACUAUCUCAAAAACAUCCACCGCCAAGAGAUGAGAGUGAUGAUAGCAGAGAAAAGGGUGACAAUUUAGAAGAAAGGAAACCUUACAAUGGUGAAGGAGAUGACAGCUCAGCAGAAAGGAAACCUUACAUUAGUGAAAGAGAUGAUAAUUCAGGACAAAGGAAACCUUACUUUAGUGAAAGAGAUGACAAUUCAAGAGAAAGGAAACCUUACAUUAGUGAAAGAGAUGACAAUUCAGGACAAAGGAAACCUUACAUUAGUGAAAGAGAUGACAAUUCAGGACAAAGGAAACCUUACAUUAGUGAAAGAGAUGACAAUUUAGGAGAAAGGAAACCUUACAUUAGUGAUAGAGAUGACAAUUCAGGAGAAAGGAAACCUUACAUCAGUGAAAAAGAUGACAAUUCAGGAGAAAGGAAACCUUACAUUAGUGAAAGAGAUGACAAUUCAGGAGAAAAGAAAUCUGACGUCAAUGAUGCCAGUGACGAGUCUAUUGAAACAAACAAUGAUGAAGGAAGAGGAAGAACACAUGAUUCACAUACAAGUUUACCUGAAAAUGGGAAUGAAAGCUUAGAGAGUGAAGAUUUGAAAUUGCCUUCAAAAGAUGUCGACAGUAAAGAAAAUCAAGAAAGUAACGAAAGUAGCGAAGACAGCAACCGCAACUCAAAGCAUGUUGCGGCGCAUGCUAGAAAUAUUGACAGUGAUGAAGUUAAUGACAAUUCGGACGAACGUGAUUCUCCUUCUCAAGAAAAGAACUCUAAAAUUAGUAGUAACUACGACGAAUCGAAUGAAGAAAAUGAAAAACCUAAAGAUGAAAUUAAGCAACUGAAUUUUGAUGCAUCGGACAAGACUGUCCCAAAAGGCAUUCAAGACGUUGAUUUAGGUGAUUUUAGUUACGAGAGAAUACAGGUCGGUAAAGACGGCAAAGUUGAAUUAGCAAAAGAUAUAUAUGGUAAAGACGACAAUGACUCAGAAGAAGAAAAACCGGUGAAUGAUAAAAUAAUAAUAAAAGAAACAGAUACUCCUCAAUCUGAGUAUAUAGAGAAAGUAAACAAUGACGAGAUCAAACCCGUUGUAGAACUAAAUACUGAAAGUAACAGUAACGAAUAUAGUGAUGAAAACGUAGAUACUGAUAUAAAACAUCCACAAAAAGCAGAUUUAAACUCAGAACAUUCGAGCGAGGAUCUAACUGAUGCAAAGGAAAAUGACAGUGUAGAAGAAAGUGAGAAACAAAUCGCACAAACCAAUGAACAACAAAAUGGCAACGUAAAGCAACAAUUCGAGCGCAUACCUUUGAAUUACAAACAUGACAAGAAAACUGAAAAUACCGAAAAUAAUAAGGAAGAAAAUGAGACACCCACAGAUGAUUCUCAAAAUGAUAAAGACGGAACACUAGAUACUUUAUUACCCAAAGACGAAAGUUAUGAUGACAAAAUAAAUUUCAAAUUUGAUGAUGUGAGUAUAAAAUUACCGGAUAUAAAACUUCCUGAUGACAUUUUGUCAUACAAUUAUAAGAGCUCGCCUUACAAGAAAAAAAAUAAGAAAAAACCCAAAAACAAAAACAGAUUUUAUCACUACAGUGAUGAACAUAGUGAUGAAUUUCCCAAAGCAAUUUCUAUUCCUCAAUUUGACGAUGAUAGAGGGUAUUACAAAUAUGAUGAUCCUUAUGAGAAAAAGCAAGACUACAAAAAGAAAUCUGCGCCAGAUGACGAUGAUGACGACGAAGGCGUGGAUUUGUACGAAAAAUUUGUGCGUGAAAGAUUUGGGAAACGUGGUUCAUUUGAAAAAAGAUCAGAAGCACUUAGAAACGAAGUGUUCAGGCCAUCAGACCCAAAGUUAAGUGAGACAAUUCAACACAUUCUCAAAAAGUCGGCAGCUAAUCUAAAAGAAGCCGAAAAGAGUGGAGACCCAAAGGCUGGUUACAUGUGGACCUUAGAGUACGGUCAAAAUUUAUAG